AGCAGACCAGAAGGGCGACCAAAACCAAGACCGAGACUACACCCACAACACCCGGUCGAGAAGAAGGUGCAUUCCUCGUCCUCCCCGGCUGUAUUAAUCCCCACCAUGGCCUAGAGCCCUGCCGGAACAGCCCAGGGAACCAUCAGUGUGAAGCAGUGCCGAUGCGCAGCGGGUUGUGGCGGUGGCAGUGGUGGAGGGCAGUCAAGGGAAAUGAGAGGCCAGCUUCAUCUCUGGUACUAACUUCUCACCUGCGUCAGCGAGGGUUACCGCCCUGGACAUCCUACUUUGUGCGGUACGGGGAUGUGACCAGCGACCAGCGGGGAAGAUCACACUUCAACUGGGAGGUGGAUGGGGUCAAUUAUCAUAUCCUGAGGACAGGGUGUUGGCCGUACAUCAAAUACCACUGUUCCCAGCGACCCUAUCAAGACCUCUCCCUUGAUGAUCGGUUCUUCAGGGUGUUGAAGGUGAUGAACUUGGGUCUCCCUUGCCUUGCCUACGGCUUUGGUGCCUUCUUCCUCAUCAGCUGCCAGGAGGAGGUACACACCCCUAAAGGCACUGUCACUUUACAUUUUCUCUACGAGGAAGAUCGAGGAGCCAGACACUGAGACUUGAAGGGGACACAACAG